AGGAGGAGGCCCUGAUCCGGGGAGACAGAAGCCUCCUCGCUGGCUGCCUUUGCCCCGCGCCUCUUAAGGCGAGGGAGAGGAGAGGAAGGGAAGGGAGCCGCCCCCCGGAGCCCAGCCUCCGCCUGAUGCUGGCUGCAGGGUCGCCCUCCAAAGGCAGCAGCAGCAGCAGCAGCAGCAGCCCGGUUCCUCUUGCCUUGCUGCCAGAUGAAGGAGGGACGCUGAGCAUGAACUGCGGGGAGCCCAAGGAGAUGGAGGCUGCUGCUGCUCACUUCAGCUUCUGCCAGAACCUUUUGGAACACACGGUGUCGGCUGAGAACCUCAAUUACCGCCUGCAGAGGAAUUCGGGCAGCAGCCUGACCUGGCAUGAUGGACGGAGUCAGAGGUCAGCUGGAGGAAGGACUGUCAAACUCCUUCAGCAGCCAGGAACUGAGGGCUCCCAGGGCCGCAACUACGAACACUAUGGAAUCUACCACACCAGCCCAACCCUAGGCAGCCUUACCAAACCGGUAGUACUGUGGACACAGCAAGAUGUGUGCAAAUGGCUCAAGAAACAUUGCCCACACAACUAUCUCAUCUACGUGGAGGCCUUUUCCCAUCAUGCCAUCACAGGUCGGGCACUGUUACGGCUAAAUGCAGAGAAGUUGCAGCGCAUGGGGAUUAUGCAUGAGUCUCAGAGGCAGGAAGUCCUCCAACAGGUGCUGCAACUCCAGGUGCGAGAGGAGGUCCGCAACUUACAGCUCCUCAGUCAAGAGACCAGCUGUUCUCUGGCAGAGAGUUCAUGUCACGCCAAGCAACCACCACCAGGACUGGUAAAACUCAGCCUUGUGGGACCAGAUCACAGAGCAAAACUAUUUCCUUGAUGCACACACAAAGACACCAUUAAAAACCACGGACAGUGAGCGGAGAUAUUUGCAGUGACGUUCUCCUACGGGGGACACAGAAGACAGCAGGAUGAAGUUUGCCAGUGCCUCUACUUACAUUGUAAAAGUAUCUCUGAGGUCCUAUGGGUGCUCUAAUUUAUUUUCACAGUGCCAGUCAGCAAGAGGCAGAGUCACCUAGUGGCUGAAGAAUCUGAGUUAGGAAUCAAAGAGUCAGUAUCUUCAAAUCAGUGACUGCCAGUGGCUUCAAAGUUAGUGGAGAAAUGCUGAACCUGCCCCAGGUUUUGGUUGGAAUGGAACUGUCAAAGGAACGAUCACAUGCCAAACUCUCUCUGCAAAAUAGGUUCUGUGCUUUGAAUACCAUGACAUUGAGGCAGCAAAUCUGCCUCAGGUUUCAGUUUGGAACUAUCCAAGGUCCUGAACCUUAUCUGCAAAAAUCACCUUGGAUAGCUCCUUUUAGGGUUGGACCUAAUGGACUCACCACCUCACUGUGAAGUCAGCCACCAAUGGUUCAAAUGUUAUCUUUGCUGUGAACUAUCAAAGUGACCUAUAAGGUGAGAAAUUCUCAGUUUCAGGCUCUUUGUGCAAUAGAAGGAUGAUAAUUACAGAGCCUGGGGAAGUUACUUUUUGGACCACAACCCCUUGGAUCUUUGACCAGGCUGCAUGACAUCGGUUUAUCUUGGGUUGCAUCUACACUGUAGAAAUAAUGCUGUUUUGACACCACUUUAAGUGCUGUAACUCCAUCCUACAGAA